AUGGUAACCCCCGCCCCACUCAACGAAGCUCCUCAAACUAACGCCUGUCGUCUCCGCCUGGACGGCUCCCGGGCCCGCAAACCUUUUGGCACUUGCCUCACGGGCGCCACAGCCGUUGCAACCCCCAAUCCGUCCCAGACCCCUACGCUAGCCGCCAACCCGGUCGGCUCAGCUGCCUUAAGCUUCCAAGCCGAGCCCCUCAGCCAAGUCGCCUCCUUCAAGGGCUGGCCAUCUGAUGCAGAUGAGCCAUCCCCUGACACUUUCUUUGCCAUCAGUUCAUCCCUCCAGCCCAACGAUGUGCAAAAUAGUAUCUUGCCCAUCCCUUCCUUCUUCGUCGGCCUCUUCGAAUGCUUCCUCAACUGGCUCUCCCUCUUCAGUCCUGUUGCUCAUCCUGACCGCUAUGAGCACCACUUUGGUAAACCAAUUGAAUGUACCAAAUGCACCAUAGGACAUGUGAACAACCCCCAAAAAAUUCACCUGAGCUUCAAAUAUGCUUUGAAAGAUAUUGAAAAUUUCCAUGACAGCCAGGGCUCGACUAGGUGCUCCACCACCCUUCCAAGCCCGUCUGCCGCUCCACCAUCUCAAGACAAGUGUGGGAGUGAUGCCCAUCCGACUCCCCUCCACCGCCUCGCAUGGCUCAUCAAUGUCUCAAGCCCAGUCCAAGAGGCGGUCAACAAUCCAGACGCGGAUUUCACCCUCUUUGCGCCGGACAAUGAUGCGCUCAUGCCUCCGUCCAAGAAGCGCCGCGACUUGAUGGGAGAAGAUAACAAGAAGGAACCCAAGAAGAAUUUCUUCCUUCAUGCCGUUGAGAUGGUCCUCAAGUACCAUGUCUCACCUGGUAGCAAGAGAAUCCACGAGAUUCUUGACAACAGCACUCUCCCAACUGAAAUCCUGAUCUUGCCCACCCUGGAUGCACCAUGCCCAAGGAAAUCAUCCUACACCUUUUCACCAAAUUAG